GUCUCUCCUGACUCCGCCCUCCGCCUCCUCAACCAUUACCCUCAGGAUCUCGCCGAUGUGCUGUCCCCCUUGCUGCGCGCUGUGCACUCAUAUCGAGUUCGUCGAUUCGCUGAUGCGUAUGCUUACUUCGAGAAAUCUGCAAGUGCUUUCUUGCAAGAGUUCCGGAAUUGGGAGUCGGCGUGGGCGAUGGAGGCUUUGUACACUGUGACUCGUGAGAUUAGAGUGCUCGCAGAGAUGGCUGAUAGAGACCUGGCUUCUUCUGGGAAAACCCCAGAGAAGCUGAAGGGGGCCGGUUCAUUCCUGAUGAAAGUGUUUGGGGCGCUUGCUGGUAAAGGCCCAAAACGUGUAGGAGCCUUGUAUGUAACUUGCCAGCUGUUUAAAGUGUACUUCAAGCUUGGUACGGUACACCUUUGUCGAAGUGUUAUAAGAAGUAUUGAAACUGCUCGGAUCUUUGAUUUUGAAGAGUUUCCCACGAGGGACAAGGUCACCUACAUGUAUUAUACAGGGCGUCUAGAAGUGCUUAAUGAAAAUUUUAUUGCUGCUGAUCAAAAGCUUAUGUAUGCUUUACUCCAUUGUAAUCGUCGUUAUGAAGCUAAUAUAAGGAUGAUUCUGAAGUAUCUCAUUCCUGUGAAGCUUUCAAUUGGUAUAUUGCCCAAAAUGUGGCUUAUAGAGAAGUGCAAUCUUAUUGAGUAUGCAGAUGUCAUCAAAGCUCUAAUAAGGGGUGAUGUCCGGCUUCUUAGAAGAGCGCUUCAAGAACAUGAAGAUCAGUUUUUAAGGUCAGGUGUAUACCUUGUUUUGGAGAAGCUCGAGCUCCAAGUAUAUCAAAGACUGGUUAAGAAAAUAUAUAUCAUCCAGAAACAGAAGGAUGCUAGCAAAGCACACCAAAUUAAGUUGGAACAAAUAGUCAAAGCUCUGAGGUGGCUUGAAGUGGACAUGGAUGCAGACGAGGUGGAGUGUAUGAUGUCCAUUCUGAUUUACAAGAAUCUCAUGAAAGGCUACUUUGCUCAUAAAAACAAAGUCGUCGUUCUUAGCAAACAAGACCCCUUCCCCAAAUUGAAAGGAAAGCCAGUCAAUCCGUAGGCAUUUCAUAUUUCUCUAUAUUAUACAUGUAGAUUAUCGAUAAUUUUAGCAAUCGGUAUCGUUUUGUAGAAUAGCUUGUAACAUGUCAUGAAGGUGUAAGCAGUUUUUAUGAGAUGCAUAAUUUAGCAUGGUUCUGUUUGCAAAUUUUUUUUGUUCUUGAUUUCUACAUGGCAGAAAGUUUUAUUUAUUGGUUGAAGCUUGUUCA